CUGCAACAACCGCCAUAACUGCCUCUUUCUUUUAAAACAUCCGUCCACUUUCUUGUUCUCUCCCUAUCUAUCAGAUGGAACUCAAGAUUUUUGCCUUCCUCUUAGUGUUGCUAAUAUUGGGGUCUUAUCCUUCCCAAGUCAUUGGAACCAACCAAUCUCAGUUCUUCACACUCAUGAAAUCUUCUUUGUCAGGAAAUGCUCUGUCUGAUUGGGAUAUUAUGGGAAGGAAGUGUUAUUGCAAUUUCACAGGAAUUAGCUGCAAUGAUAGAGGGUAUGUCGAAAAGCUUAAUAUGUCUGGGUGGUCAAUAUCUGGCAAUUUUCCAGCUGAUACAUGCUCAUAUCUGCCAGAGUUACGUGUUCUUGAUCUCAGCCGAAAUGAUCGACUUCGUGGCAAUUUCAUCAACAGCAUCGCCAACUGCUCUCUCUUGGAAAUACUCAACAUGAGUUCAGUUCAAUUAAGAGCAAAGCUUCCAGAUUUCUCCAAAAUGAAAUCUCUGCGCAUACUUGACAUCUCAUACAAUCACUUUACAGGUGACUUCCCCUUGACAAUAACUAACCUUACCAAUCUUGAGGUGCUUUAUGUCAACGAGAAUGAAGAAUUGAACCCAUGGAAACUACCGGAGAACAUUUCCAGACUGACAAAGCUCAAAGUUAUGGUCUUCACAACAUGCAAGUUGUAUGGUCAGAUCCCACCAUCAAUUGGAAACAUGACAUCGCUUGUUGACCUCGAAUUGUCUGGCAAUUUUUUCACAGGUCGGAUUCCUGUAGAGCUUGGAAAGCUGAAGAACUUGCAGCAGCUUGAACUAUACUAUAAUUACUUAACUGGAAGCAUACCCGAGGAACUGGGAAACCUGACCGAGCUUAUAGACCUGGACAUGUCAGUCAAUAUUCUCCAAGGAAGCAUUCCAGAGUCUGUAUGUAGGCUUCCAAAACUUCGAGUCCUGCAGCUUUACAACAGCAGUCUCACAGGAGAAAUCCCAACUGCAAUUGCAGAAUCCACAACCCUGACCAUCCUCUCACUUUAUCACAAUUUCUUUACAGGGCAAGUUCCACAGAAUCUGGGGCUAUCAUCACCUCUAGUUGCUCUAGACGUGUCAGAGAACAAUCUAUCAGGUCCACUGCCACCAGAGAUCUGUCGAGGAGGUAAACUGCAGUACUUUCUUGUUCUUGAAAACAUGUUUUCUGGCCACAUACCUGACAACUAUGCAAACUGCAAGAAUAUUUUACGGUUUCGAGUUAGUAAGAACCGUCUGGAUGGGUCAAUACCCAAAGGGCUUCUAGGUCUCCCUCAUGCUUCCAUCAUUGACUUGAGUUACAAUAAUCUGACCGGUCCAUUGCCAAAUUCAAUUGUUAACGCGAGGAACUUGUCUGAAUUGCUCAUACAGAACAACAAGAUUACAGGUGCUCUGCCGCGUGAACUUUCCCAAGCUAUCAAUCUUGUGAAGCUUGAUCUUAGUAACAACCUCUUGUCUGGUCCAAUACCUUCAGAAAUUGGCAAUCUGAUGAAGCUAAAUUUACUGGUGCUGCAAGGCAACAAGCUCAAUUCUUACAUUCCCAACUCACUUUCCAUGCUCAAGUCUUUGAACGUUCUUGAUCUCUCCGAUAACCUCCUGACUGGGAAUAUCCCAGAGAGUCUAUGUGAAUUAUUACCAAACUCCAUAAACUUUUCAAACAAUGAGCUUUCUGGUCCAAUUCCUCUGUCACUGAUCAAAGGAGGGUUAGUAGAGAGCUUUUCAGGAAACCCAGGUCUCUGUGUUCCAGUCUACGUUCAAAAUUUUCCCAUAUGUUCACAGACCAACAAGAAGCAGAAAAGGCUAAGUUACAUCUGGGCGGUUGGGCUUACAGCUAUUAUCACUGUUGUUGGAUUGCUCCUGUUUUCAAAACACCGAUGCAGUAAAGAAAGAGCUGUGAAAGAGCAUGAUCAGACCUUGUCUUCAUCUUUCUUUUCAUAUAAGGUAAAGAGCUUCCAUCGAAUAAGUUUUGAUCAGCAUGAAAUCCUUGAAGCCAUGGUUGAUAAAAACAUUGUUGGUCAUGGAGGAUGUGGCACAGUUUAUAAAAUUGAACUGAAAAGCGGGGAGGUUGUUGCAGUGAAGAAGCUGUGGACUGUGAAAGCAAAAGAUUCUACCCCGGAGGAUGGGCUGGUUUGGGAUAAAGGGUUGAAGACUGAGGUUGAAACUCUUGGAAACAUAAGACAUAAAAACAUAGUGAAAUUGUAUAGCUACUUCUCAAGUUUCGAUUGCAGCCUGCUGGUUUAUGAGUACAUGCCAAAUGGAAAUCUAUGGGAUGCUCUUCGUAACGGAUGGAUCCACCUGGACUGGCCAACUCGACAUCAAAUUGCACUUGGUGUUGCACAGGGUUUGGCAUACCUACACCAUGAUCUGCUGCCACCCAUCAUCCACAGAGACAUCAAGUCCACCAAUAUCCUCCUGGAUGUCAAUUACCAGCCCAAGGUUGCAGACUUUGGCAUAGCCAAAGUUUUGCAAGCAAGAGGAGGUAAAGAUUCCACCACUACUGUUAUUGCAGGCACCUAUGGUUAUAUGGCUCCAGAAUAUUCAUUUUCAAAUAAAGCCACAACCAGGUGUGAUGUCUACAGUUUUGGAGUGGUUUUACUAGAACUAAUAACUGGGAAGAAGCCAGUUGAGGCAGAGUUUGGAGAGAACAAGAACAUUGUAUAUUGGGUUUCUACAAAGGUUGAUACUCGGGAAGGAAUUAUGGAAGUGCUAGACAGGCGUCUCUCAGGGUCAUUCAGGUCUGAGAUGAUUGAGGUUCUCUGGAUUGCGAUACGCUGUACAUACAAUAAUCCAACCCAACGACCAACCAUGAAUGAGGUCGUUCAGUUGCUGCUUGAGGCAGAGCCUUGCGGAUUUGAUUCUAGUAAAUUUUCAAGUAAGACAAAAGACACAUCAAAUUUCACCAAGACAAAGAACCCAUCGGACUCAUGAUCAAAUAAAUAGCAUGAUUGGGUUGAGGUGAAGGUAAUGUAGCAUCUUUAGAACAGCAGAGUCACAAAAGCAUCGAAAAUUCAUACUUAUCACAGUGGCUCGUAGAUUCUCUCCCUUUUUUUGCUUUUUUUUUUUUCAUCUAUCUAUUUUAUUUUUUAGCUCUUGUAUUUGAGGAAUUUAUAAUCACUAUAACUGCCUUACGAUAAUGCACAUCGUCUGUAUUUCAUAGACUCAUCGAUGCAUCAUUCCAUAGCUUUUGAGAUCCUUAUACCUACGUUAUAUUUCAUCUUAAUUUCAAGAGAGUAAUCCAAAGAAAUGAAUAGUCAAAAUGACUCAGAUUAUUGGGGUAGAGUUGGAGGAUGUGUUAUGGACAAGGCUUCUUUUCUGCAAUGAAAUGGGUUGUUGAUUCUGAUUUUUAAAAUUUUAAGGCAUAUUUCCAGGUUUCCAAUCUGGAAAGCCACUUCAUAAAAGCUAUUCAUUGUAGAGAUGGACUGUCCUGAUUGAUUUGAUGAGCAUCUUUUUCUCUACGUGUAGGUUAGUGACAAGGAAGAAUGCAGAAGCCUACGAUUUUCUUUUCCAUGUUGUGUCCUUUCUUUUCCCUAACUUCCUAUGUGAUUUUAAUUAAUUUGUGUACUGAAGAGUAUCUAGAAUUGAUAGCUCAGUGCUUGUUGCACCGUAGAUAGUGUUCCACAAACAUCCACUCACAAGUUGGAGCACCUUUUAUUUACUAAAGUACUAUGAGUGAG